AUGGAGAGCUGUUGCGAGAUGGUGCCAUUCCCUUUGCUAAUGACACCAAUCGAAUCCAAUUACAGGGCAUGCACCAUCCCUUACAGAUUCCCAUCGGACAAUCCCAAGAAACCAACAACCACCGAGCUCUCUUGGAUUGAUCUCUUCCUCAAUUCCAUCCCCUCUUUCCGUCGUUGA